AUGCCCCCUCGCAACAGGCAUUUCCGCACGCGAGAGCCAUUCCGGCAUGACAAUAGACUGACACUGCAACGCGCCGAGGGUCCCUUUGGUUUCCUUAAUCCUACCCGGGCACAUUUCAACCAUUCCGGAGCUCUCUCCAAGAAGACGACCGAGGACGUUGAGACUUCGCAGGAAAACGUGCAUGAUGAAGUCGAACAUGAAACCCACCAGGGCAAUGCCCGUUCCGACGUCCCCGCAAAAAACAUCAGAUUUCUAUGGCGAUCGCGAGACAACCGAAAAGGUCGGCACCCUUUGCUCGUGCAAAGGCCCAAGCCUGGAGAAGAGGCAUAUUUUGUCACCCCGAGACGAACGUCGGAUCCAAGAGAGGUCCUCAAAAACAUUGUCAAAACUUUUACGUACUAUCCAGUCUGGGAUAUCUCGUGGCUCGUCGCUUUCAUCUUCACCUGGGGGAGUGUCGUCUGGGUUAUGAAUGGAUUCUUUGUCUGGCUUCCGGUUGUGGCCCCCUCGACUGAAUUUGACGGCGAAAUUUACUACGGGGGAGGUGUCACAGCAUUCAUCGGGGCCAUCCUCUUCUUCGAAGUGGGCUCUGUCCUUUUGAUAUUUGAGGCAAUCAAUGCCAACAACACUGGCUGUUUCGGCUGGGCGGUUGAGCAGCUGUUAGACGACGACGGGCCGCAGAAACAUGGGGCAGCAAGACUCCGAGUCGUGGCCAAUCGUCACCGCUGUCUUCAUCAUCACCAAAAUCGGCGCAAUAUGGUCGGGAAGCCGUCGAAACUGGCCGUCGGCGACGCGCAGUCACCUGACAAGGGCGGCAAAAAGGCCUGGCAGUGGUUCCCGUCGUGGCACGAUCUGCGGACGCAUUACUUUCACGAGCUGGGUUUCCUUGCCGGCUCUGCCCAACUCUUUGGCGCCACCGUCUUUGGCAUCUCUGGCAUUACCGCCUUGCCCGGCAUCAUCAAUCACUUGACGCCCCAGUGGCGGCUCAAUGCGGCAUACUGGAUUCCACAGGUGAUUGGCGGCAGUGGCUUCAUCGUCAGCAGCACGCUGUACAUGCUCGAGACGCAGCAGAAGUGGUACAAACCGGCGCCGCACCUGCUGGGGUGGCACAUUGCGUUUUGGAACCUCGUGGGAGCGUUUGGCUUCACGCUUUGUGGAUGUUUGGGUAUGGCGUAUAAAAACUCUGGGGCGCAGUACGAGGCUGGAUUGGCCACCUUUUGGGGCUCCUGGGCUUUCUUGAUUGGCAGCUACCUCCAGCUCUACGAAAGUCUCAACAAGAACCCCGUGGAAGAGGUGUCGACCGAGCAAGACUUUGCGAGGAGGCAAUGA